GAUGAAGAGGAGGAAAUUAAACUGGAGAUCAAUAUGCUGAAGAAGUAUUCCCACCACCGAAACAUAGCCACCUACUACGGUGCUUUCAUUAAGAAGAGCCCCCCGGGACACGAUGACCAGCUCUGGUUGGUGAUGGAGUUCUGUGGCGCUGGUUCCAUCACAGACUUGGUGAAGAACACGAAGGGGAACCAGCUGAAGGAAGACUGGAUCGCAUACAUCUCCAGAGAGAUCCUUAGGGGUCUGGCCCACCUUCACGCCCACCACGUCAUCCACCGUGACAUCAAGGGUCAAAACGUCCUGUUGACUGAGAAUGCAGAAGUGAAACUGGUGGACUUUGGUGUCAGCGCUCAGCUGGAUCGGACCGUGGGGAGGAGGAACACCUUCAUCGGGACGCCUUACUGGAUGGCCCCUGAGGUCAUCGCUUGUGACGAGAACCCAGACGCUACAUACGACUACAGAAGUGAUCUGUGGUCUACUGGUAUCACAGCUAUUGAAAUGGCUGAAGGAGCUCCACCACUUUGUGACAUGCACCCAAUGCGUGCGCUCUUCCUCAUUCCAAGAAACCCUCCCCCCAGACUCAAGUCUAAAAAAUGGUCCAAAAAGUUCAUCAGUUUCAUCGAGGGCUCUCUGGUGAAGAACUACACGCAGCGGCCCCCCACAGAGCAGCUGCUGAAGCACCCCUUCAUCCGAGACCAGCCCAACGAGAGGCAAGUCCGCAUCCAGCUCAAAGACCACAUCGACCGCACCAAGAAGAAGAGGGGGGAGAAAG